AUGCAAGACAUCGAGGAAGCAACCGUCACGUUUCGCAAAUCCAAUUUGACAGUCAUCUGGGCCAAGAAAGAUCGACUCUCCUUGCUGCAACUCGCAGAAAAGUCUGGUUUGAAACCGGACUUUGGCUGCCGCUCAGGAGCGUGUGGGACCUGCGAAGUUAGGCUCCUGAAGGGAACCAUAGAGGGCUGCCUAGAGGGCGAUGAUGGUGUCCUGAUAUGCUGUUCCCAACCAGCGAGCCUCGAAGUUGAACUCGAGUUAUAA